UUCUCGUUUGAACACAUUCUUGCUCCCAUUCUCACGUGGCAAAUCCUUUUUGUCUUUUUUAAGCGCACUGUUGCACCAUGUGCAUGGCUUGAAAGGGGCGGUAUAUUCAACAUUCCCAAGUACUACAAUGCACCGGGACCGUUUGUUCAACGACGUCAAACGUGUCCAGGACGUACUCGAUGCCCGGUGACUUGGCUUCCGCCGCAAGAUUUGCAAGCACUCACGUUCAAAUUGAUUGGAACAGAUGAUAUGAGAGAUUACGAAUUUCAGGCCCAUUUUUGUGCCCCAAUCUACGCAUUUCAUCAUCGAUAUUGUACCGGCGAAGAAGGUGAAAUUGCAUUCGAGUUACGUCAGACCGGAACAUGGUUAAUGCUGGAUCGUGUCAAUUGUCGAUGCCUCGGUGUGGCCGAUGUUGAACGAUAUGGUUAUAGCAAAGGUGUACUGCCCACCGAUCGCGUGUUCCGAGGCAAUUACAUUCAAAUGACCUGCGCUAGCCGGCCUAAAUGCACUGAAGAGGAUUUCUGCUAUGUGGAAACUCCAAGCACGGAUGGUUACAUCUAUGGUGGACGUGUGCCCUGUAUUUGUCCCAAGGAAUAUUACUGUCCGAUUUACUUUAUUCGUAACAAAAGAAUACCGCAACUAAAUGAUGAUGGCCGUGUGAUCAGCUACGGGUUACGUUGCAAACGACGCAUGUAUUGA